UAAUGCAGAAGAAUCAUACCCGGAAGUACGGUGAUGCAGUAACGCAGACAGUCGGCUUAUUUACCUUUCUUCAAAACAGUCUAACUAGCUAGUUACUGUUAAAAUGGCAACAUAUAGGAUUUCUGCAUGUAUUUGCCUUAGUUAAGAUGGCUGGUUAGGUUUCAAAUCGUUUCACGACGAGUAAAUUGUUCAACUGACGUGAGUGACCUCGAGCUGAUGUGAACGCAUAAGAACAACAAUCAAUAACAUGUCGGCAGAAUUCACUCUUCCCGGUUCUGACCGACCCAUAAUGGACGAGGAUGAUGUUAACAACCAGCCCAGCCCGUCCCCAUCCCACAGCCCCCCUGCAUCAGGAGAAGCUGAUCAAGAGGACCAAACAGAACCAACCAAAACCUUUUCUCACGGUUGUCUGGACUGUGGGAAAGAGUUUUCCCGCCCAUGUGACCUGGUGAGACACCAGAGGGUACACACAGGGGAGAAGCCCUACCCCUGUCCUGACUGUGGCAAGAGGUUCGCCCACUCAGGAGGCCUCCGAGAACACGAGAGGAUACACUCCGGAGAGAAGCCUCACUCCUGCUCUGUGUGUGGGAAGAGCUUCACCCAGAAGGGAAGUCUUAGAGUCCACCUACGGACACACACGGGGGAGAGACCUUAUUCUUGCUCCGUCUGUGGCAAGAGUUACACCCAAAAUGAAUUUUUGAAAGUGCACCAGCGAACACACACGGGAGAGAGGCCCUACUCCUGUUCUGUGUGUGGCAAGGGCUUUGCUCAGAUAGGAAACCUGAAGAAACACCAGCGGAUUCACACCGGGGAGAAGCCUUACCAGUGCCUGGAGUGUGGAGCCAGUUUCACCCAGAAGGACAGCCUGAAGAUGCAUCAGAGGUCUCACACGGGAGAGAAACCCUGCGUCUGCCCCGAGUGCGGGAAGGGUUUCCGCGACAACGGGCACCUGAAAGUCCACUUGAGAGUGCAUACAGGGGAGAAGCCGUACUCCUGCCCCGACUGUGGGAGACGGUUCAGCCAGGCAGACGUCCUGAAGAGACACCAGAUGGUGCACACAGGGGAGAAGCCGUACUUCUGCGCCCUGUGUGGGAGGAGGUUCGCCCAGCCUGCCACUCUGAAGUACCACCUCCGGACCCACGCAAGAGAGAACCAGACAGGAGGGCCUCAAUGCUGCCCAGUGUGUGGACAGGACCUCCCUACAGAGCAGGCUCUGAGAAAACACCUACAGGCACACAUGGGGGAGGACCUCGGUCACAACGGGGGACAGGAAGACGGAGAGGAGGAAGUUGGUGGUCUGAUCAAUUCUGAUGGAGAGGACGUUGGCUGGGACCCUUCUCAUCUUAGAGAGAGUCCUGUCCGUGGCUCCGGUAGUGAAGAAAGUCCUGCUACAUCGGACAUCAACAAGAAUCCGGGUGACCAAUCCGGAUCCGGAUCGUCACCUGACGACAGAGAGGCCUUCAGUCAGACACUGGGUCCUGACGACAGAGAGGCCUUGAGUCAGACACUGGGUCCUGACGACAGAGAGCCCUUCAGUCAGACACUGGGUCCUGACGACAGAGAGGUCUUCAGUCAGACACUGGGUCCUGACGACAGAGAGGCCUUCAGUCAGACACUGGGGAUGAACAUUAAAGUAGUGGAGGAGGAGGAGCUGGAGGACUUGAGUCAAACUGUUGGGAUGACGGUUAAAGAAGAAGAGGAAGAGGUGGAGCUGGAGGACUUAAGUCAAACUGUUGGGGUGAUUGUUAAAGAAGAAGAGGAUGAUGAGGAAGUCAGCAGAUUCAUUCAGUACCCAGUAGAAGAAGUGGACUGGGAGGCUGUUGAACUUGGAGAGAGUCCUAACCACUGCUCAGACCGUGAGGAGAGACCUCCCCAGCAGGAGAAUCACACAGCUAAACACCAUCAUCACCACACAGAGAACACAAGCCUCACUCCUGCUCCGACUCUAUUUGAAGGACCUGAUCAAAGCCAUUGAUUAGGAAAUAAUUAGGUUCAUGAUAUCAUUUAGUUACUGUACCCUAUUACAGAUAUGUAUGUUUAAUUAAUUGCCUUUGAUUGAAUACAUCAUGGUUGCAACAACCUGCUUCUCUGCUCUAUCAAUCAUUAGAAACUGGGUGGUUUGAGCCCUGAAUACUGAUUGGCUGACAGGAGUGGUAUAUCAGAACAUAUACCACAGGUAUGACAAAACAUAGAUUUUUACUGCUCUAAUUACAUUGGUAACCAGUUUAUAACAGCAAUCAGGCACCUCGGGGGUUGUGGUAUAUGGCCAAUAUACCACAGCUAAUAACUAUCCAGGCACUCCGUCGUUGCGCCGUGCAUAAGAACAGUAUUUAACCGUGGUAAAUGAAUAAUAACUAUCCAAUAUACCACAGCUAAUAACUAUCCAGGCAGUCUGGCGUUGCGCCGUGCAUAGGAACAGUAUUUAACCGUGGUAAAUUAAUAAUAACUAUCCAAUAUACCACAGCUAAUAACUAUCCAGGCAGUCCGGCGUUGCGCCGUGCAUAAGAACAGUAUUUAACCGUGGUAAAUUUGCCAUAUACCACACCCCUUCGGACCUUAUUGCUUAAAUAGACCAUUCAAUCUGUUAAUUUAGCCGAUGGUGACCAGACGUCCCCGAUUUUGUUGGCCAGUACCCGGAUAUAGCCUUCCCAUAAAAUGUCCCUGAUUAGGCUUCAGAAAUAAAAACAACUUUGAAGUUAAA